AUGAGUCGCCGAGGGAGAGUCAGCCCUGGAACUGCAGCUCCAGCAGAAGAGAGAAGCUGCUCCCGGCUGAACCCUUGGGUUUUCCUUGCUUCUGUCCUUGCCAUCAAAACUGCCCUUGUAACCGUCUGCCUUGUGGUUUUCCUUCAUGGGAGCUAUGGCCAGUACAAGACUCUGCUCCAGAAUGCUACAGAGUGGCACUGCGUCCCCAGCGAAUCUGCAGACAAGAAGGAGAGCUGGAUAUGCUGCCCGAAUGGCUGGAAACGCCUUCAAGGAAAGUGCUAUUACCUGUCGGAUGAUAAGAUGUCCUGGGCUGAGAGCGAGCAGAACUGCACUGGGAUGGGCUCCCACCUGGCAGUGAUCAACAGCAAAGCAGAGCAGGAAUUCCUCUUCAACUUGGCAAAAGGACUAUUUGCUAACGCUUAUGAAACAAAAUACUACAUCGGCUUAACUGCCUCCAAAAAUGGGCAAUGGCAGUGGGUGGAUGAGACUCCAUAUGAGAAGGCAGCCACGUUCUGGAAACCUGGGGAACCCAAUUUACUCUUUGCAGAAAAAUGUGCUGCAAUUCACGUCAAGGGAAAAAGAGACCCCAACACUUACAUUCAGUUCUGGAAACCACAGCAGCAGAGUUUUGAGGAAGAAAAAGAGGGAGAUAAGACACAGAGAGAGUGA